GCCCAAUCCAAUGACGUCAUAGACAGGAACAAUAGGAUGACGUCAUAGAAUGGUUUCCAUGACGACAUACCUGGUUUGCACGCCAGUCGACAGCACGACAUCGUAGCUAUCAGACGUACAUUUCUUGCUUCCUGGAAACUUCAUAGUUGUUUGCAGUUGAGUGUACCUUUUUACCAGUGCAACUCUAACCGAAGUGUAUAAGAUGAGUCUGCAUCCUCAAGCGCGGUCGAGACGCCGGAAAAUUCUCUCGCCCAUUCUUGAAACGAACGAGGGCGAAAUAAUCCCAAUCAGACUAACACCCACAGAAAAAGAACAUUUACUUGUUCAGUACAUGGACUUAAAGUCUCAAGUUGGAGAUUUGGAGGAAAGCCUUCUUGACCAUCUCUUCCAUGAGAACAAGAAACUCCUAGAAGAGAAUGAGCGACAGAGGCGAGAAGUGAGCCAUGAGAGAGAGUUGCGGCUGAAGGCCGAGGCUGAAAGACAACAGUUCCGACUAGACUAUUAUAACUAUAAACUCAGUUUCACAAUGGAGCAGGCUGAGCUCCGGGAAGUGAAGAAAACACUGGAGGAGCUGGCGGGAAUGUGGGAGACGGAGAAGAAGGCGGAGGAGGAACAGAGGAAAAAGCUGGAGGAAGAGCUGAAGCAGCUGAAGUCACACCAUCAGCUUGCUGUGCAUGAACUGGCUGCCCUCCAGCGCCACACUGCUCCUCUGACCUGUCAGACUCCCGGCAAGACACAGCCCAGUCUUCCCUCCGUGGCUCCUCCAGUUCAGCCGAAGAAGGCACACAGACCCUACACGGGGCGAUCUAAGAACAAAUGUCUAAACAAUGCUUCAUCUGCCAAGUCGGACCUCCUCGCCUCAGGGGACAACUUAAUCAAGGCCAAGGUUAGAACAACUCAGAACAACUUGAAGAUCGCUGGUGGUGUUUUGCCCAAAGACUCGCAAAUACACAAUGCUGCCAAGAAACCAAUCCGAUCAACCAAGGGUGUUUCUAUUGCAAAGCAAACGCAAGUUCGGAACAUGCGAUAAUGACUCAUAACAUUUAAGAAGUGAUUUGUUAUCUUUAAAUUCCAUAUUGUUGUUAUCUAUUUAAUUGUUAUUUCGUUUUACAAGAAUAUAACAUCGCAAUACUUAAACCAGCGUAUUGUGUUGUUUUUUAACGAGGGUUGAAAUUCACCAUCAAAAUGCACACAAAUAAAACGGUCUUUCAGAAGUCAAAUCAGUUGUUGGCUUAUUGUCUCAGCAGGUGUGGGUGGGUGGAGAGGAACAGGACUGACACAGUCGCAAUUCGCUGUGCAGGUUAAGUCAGCCUCAAAGUACAAACAAAAGGAAAGGAUGCGUUCGUAACACACCAGUGCAAAGGAAAAGAGUUCAAUACCCAUAUGGGCUCAAAUAUGCUAUGUAAUAACUUUUUGAUAUUUGCACAGUGGGAAAUUUGGCAUUCUCGAAGCUAAUUGGUCAGUUGAACAAAGAUCAAAUUUCAUUGGACAACGGAACUAUUUUUUUCUCAUUCCAUUCAUUCACAAAUCCAUGCCUCUCCCUUCAGAUGUUUUACGUGCUACAAACUCACUUAUUCGAGAUUUUUAAGACAAGAAACAUACUUUCAUAUCAACAAUAUGAUUUCACGUUAUUAUUUUUUCAUUUAUUUCACAUGAUUUUCAUUUCAUUGAGAGUAAAAACAAAAACUACGUCCGCGUUUGUAAACAAACAUGGCUGGCCAUUUGACACCUGUCAAAGUAAAUGACCUCGUUAAAGCGGACGGAGAUCUGACUGACAUGAAGAGUUAUUCGUAUAAUUCAAACUCUGAACACACUU